UUAUCUCAUCUCCACCCUUGAAAUGAGAGAGGUACGGUGUGGAAGGAACAUCGUUUCAGGAGAAAACCUGCGAGAAAGGACAGCCAAGAUUGAGACUGGAGAGGGCAGCGUGUGAAGAGUCAAGGUGUAGGUCCAGUGGCGCGAGGAUAAAUUGAUUCGACAUCAAAGUCAAUUAUCUCUGCACUAUAUAUAUAUACAAAAAAGAAAACUUAAGACUCGGAGAAAUCACGAACCUCUGAGGAUGGAGCAGGCAUACGGGGCUGGCAAGGCUGGCGGCACCUUCGAUACAAUUACCUUCUUUCAGCAACCGCAGACUGUUCUUCGAAUAGUGUCAUGGAUCUUCUCCAUCGUGAUCUUUGGAUGCAUUGCUAACGAGGGCUACAUGAACAAUCCAAAUGAGGUGGAGGAGCACUGCAUCUUUAAUAGUAACCAGAAUGCUUGUAAUUAUGGUGUGGGGAUGGGUGCGCUGACCUUCCUCUGCUGUGCCGCGUUUUUGGCACUAGACGUCUACUUUCCUCAAAUAACCAGCGUCAAAGACCGCAAGAAGGCUGUGUUGACUGAUAUCGUUGUUUCAGCAUUCUGGUCUUUCAUUUGGUUUGUGGGAUUCUGUUUCCUGGCCAAUCAGUGGCAGGUGACCAAACCAAAGGAGAACCCGCUCAAUCAGGCCGGAGACGCAGCCAGAGCGGCCAUCACCUUCUCCUUCUUCUCCAUAUUCACUUGGGCUGGUCAAGCUUUCUUUGGAUUUCAAAGGUACAAGCUAGGCGCAAGCUCCUCCCUCUUCUCUCAUGACUAUAUUGAUCCAAGCCAGGAUCCUGCAGCAGCACCCCCUGAAAACACAGAAUACACUGACUACAUCCCGGACAUGGAGGUUAAUUAUAAUGGCUCUGGUGGAUAUCAGAACCAAGACUAGUGAGGUUUAAAUAAGCAGCCUUAACAUGCUAGGCUGGCAGGGCUAAAUGUGGAUACAGAAGCAUUUGGAGGGGAAAGGACAAACAUGAACACUGGGACUUUAUUUUUUGGGGCUCAGGAUGGAAUUUGGGGACCAAAGCAGAGUGGUUAAGAGACAGAGAAAUAAGGGGUAUGUUUGGUGCAAUGACACCUUGUAGGACGUGAUGUGAGAUUGAAGUAGGUAUUGGCUGGUCACAAGACAUGAUCAGUGAGUCUUUUAUAAAGUCUAUGAAUUACUGGAACUUUUACAGUUUAGGCAGGACCAGAUCUUAAGAAACCAUAUUGUGUGCCCCAGGAAAUUUUGCCUUCAGUUUUGUGGAUAUUGGCUUGGGUGGCAAUCUAAUUGAUUGGUCAGUAGAUGUUUUAUGUUCACUCUGACCAAACUCUACAAAUGGUCAGUUGUAGAAUACAUUCUUACACUUAUUUAUAAAUCAAUUUAGUACACUUAAUAAUAUUCAAAUUUGUGAACUAAAUUGAUAGUUGUUUAUCUCUACACUAGUCAAUGAAACUGUCUAGCUUUGUACUGGCGACAGCUGUGACAAAACCUGACCAAACUCAAUGUUUCUAAAGACCAUGGUGUUUUAUUUUGGUAAAGUGUGCAUGCUUCAACAGAAGAGGACCUUAACCCUUUGACCUCUGACUGGAACUCAGACCUCUCUACCCUAUUAAUAGAUCUCUGCUGCCAUUUUUUCACUCCAAGCAUUCUGAACAAUACUUAGAAAUUCUUAUGUCUAGCAUCAAAUCCGUUUCUGCACUAUUGGUGCACAGUAUACUAUGAAAAUAUGAAUGGUCUGUGAUGUAAUACUGAAAGUGAAAGUAAAAAAGUGAAUAAAUUGAAAGUUAAGUUUGUAACAAGAGGAAUGAGUUGCAAGGUUUUGAAAAACACUGUAAAGCUGGAGUAAGUAGCGAUAUGUGAACAUUUAAGGCCUGUUUUUUUAUUUUUUAUCACAAAUGUAAAUGCUAAAUUCAUUAGCCUUGAACACAUUUUAGCGUUCCCUGAUAUAGCGGUUUAUAUAGGGGUUGAUUAAUGACUAAUAAGUCAUUUACAAAUGCAUUAUAAAUCAUUGAUAUGCAGCUAUAACAGGUUGCAAAACAGGUCAACUAUCAUGUAAUAUUUUCCAAAUAGUGAGCAUUUAAACUUACAUGCUCGAAAUGCUUACUUAAUACAUUUAUUCAUACUUUUAUUACCGGAAAUCAAAAACAUGCCCUUGUCCAUGAUUUAUGUCACAAUGCAGCAAAAAUAAAGUAUUAUUGUGAAAUUAGAAGGAGGGGUUUUGCCAUUUUGCUACAGUCUGCUUUUUGUUUAUAUUCAUUACUGUAAUGUUGACUCACUUGUGUUGUCACUUUUCUUGUCACAUGUCAAAAGAAUGGUGCUACACCAAGUGGUGUCCUCACUUAGUCUAAGUUACCUUAAGUCCUCUGCGUGCAAAAACACUUUUCAGGUCUUUAUGCCUACUCACAACAUACAUAUAUGAUAUAAUAAAGACUGAUAACCUGAUUCAAUCAUACAUAACUUUAUUUACAUAGGUUUCUAAUGUUGGCAACUUAAUACAUUCUUCACAUGUGUCCAUUUUACAUUAAGGUACAAAAUCAUUAGUUACUAAUAUUGAAUAAGUGUUAUUAAGCAUUUAUAACAUGAGGAAAAAAGGUUCACUAUUUGGCAGGUAUUGCAAGAAAGUCAUCCUUGUUAUGCAUGUUGCUAUAACCACAUAUCAAUGAUUUGAAUUCAUCCUUAAUGAUCCCUUUAUAAACCCUUAAUAAAAGGAACAUUAUGUAAAGUUUUGCCAUUUUUUAAGUAUGAGUGGGAAUAUGUGGCUAGUUUAUUUAGCCAAUGGAGACUAGCACUCAGCUUUAAAGCGAAUAAAUCUACCAAACCAGACCUAAAGAACUUUCCUUAUGCGUCACACAAAAAAAAAAAGCAUGACUGCUACAAAGUGUGGAAAUCUGGCCAAAACACUGCUCAAAUAUCCAACACUGAUUCCUCAAUUUAUGGGAAUUUCUGCUUAGUAACAAUAAUAUAAACAGUGUAUUUUGCAUUUAAAUGUGUGAUAGAAUAAUGUUGACACUUUCUCUGUUUAGGAAGUGACAUUCAGGAAACAUUUUAAUUUGAUCUUCUGUUGAAACUCUUAAAAAGGAAAGCUACAAUACAAUCAGCAUAAUAUGUAGAAAAUGUACCAGAUGUGUUAUUAUAUACUGUAUGUGUGCAGUUAUGGAGCAGGAUACAAAAUAGUGUAUAACAGUCGAUAACUAACAGAAUCACUAGGUAAAAAUGGGUCAGUGUAUUAUGUCCUGUCUUGUAUGUUGCUUGUCUGGUAUUAUGUCUGUUAUAGAUGAAAGUAAAAGACAAUUGACU